CUCACUUCCUCCCUAUCAUCAGGUGUCAGAGAAUUGGCAGAGAAACUGUAUUUUUCUUUGCUGUUUUGUGGUUAGAAGUUUAUUUUAUCACUACCCUAUUGGUGUCGAAGAUGCAAAACCUCAUCUUGGGGGAAGAAGCCUGUAGUCAGUUUUUCUGCACCUGAAACUACACAAAGGUUGGAUUUAUUGGGCAGCCUGGUGCCUCCUGCACCUCGUGCCCGUUGGCUCCGGACACAGAUGUGGCUCCUCCUGAGUUAUUUGGUGACUCUGCACGUCCUGCGGCUGGGAUCAGCUGACUUCAGCGUGGUGGGACCAGGCCGCCCUCUCCAGGUCACUGUGGGGCAGGACGUCGUGCUGCCAUGUCACUUGUCCCCCAGCAUGGACACUCGGAGCUUGGACAUCAGGUGGAUCCGGCCCCGGUUCUCCAAAACGGCGCACCACUACCGAAAUGGAGAGGACCUGUACAGUGAACAGCUGAGGGAAUAUGUUGGGAGGACAGAGGUGGUCAGGGAUGGUCUCUCCCGUGGACGCCUGGACUUGCGAAUCUCUGGGUUGAGACCCUCUGAUGAUGGUCAGUACGUCUGCACGGUGACAGAUGGUGCCUCUUAUGGAGAAGCUAUGGUGGAUGUGGAGGUGUCAGCUCCCUUUUUCCACAAUGCCCGUCCCUGGAUGGUUGGUGUGGGUGUGGUCCUCCUGCUUUUAGUGGUGUUCCUUGGCCUCGCUGCUUAUCUGUGGAGAAGGAAAGUGCUGCAGUCCAGAGAGCUGGAGACAACAGUUGCAGGACUGAAGGGUGAGUGUCUGUGAGCUCUGUCAUGGCAUGGAGUCCUGUCCCGGGUGCUGUGUGCUCGGCCCUGUGAGAGACCGGACUGUAAGAACAUUUGUCUCAAAGAUUGCUUGCUCAAGCAGAAAUCCCCUCCAGCUACUGAGUGGGAUAAGGACGAUAGCCGGGGCAUAGAGACUUUCAACCUGUGAAAAACGCCCUUCGGGGUCAUGGGCAGCUCAGUCAGAUGACAGCUGUGUGAAGAACAGGGCUGGAACUGCAAGAAGUGUGUGCACGUGUGCAGGAACACUGAGCCGUGUCGCAUGUGCUGUGGUGAAAACCACCACUGGUAUAAAAGGGAACUGCCAAGAUGAGGGGGUCCGCACCUUCGCCCACCAUCACAGAAUGAGAGAUUUGGGCCCCCGAAAUGCUGUGGAUUCCUGCCUUCACCCACAAGACGCUGUGGUUUUGCACCUCCACCCACCACCACAGAAUGAGAAAUUUGGACCCCCGAGACGCUGUGGAUCCAUGGCAGUGACUAUUCUUAUUUUUCUAUCCCAGAGUCUUGCUUGGUUUUCUGCCUUUCUUUUCUGCUCUGUCCUGUCGCUCUUAUUG